AUGGAGCGGCAGAUGCUUAAGGGCUAUUCAGAUUAUAUUAAUUUAGUAGCCUUCUCUCCUAAUAGGCUCACUCUGGUGUUAGGCUCGAGAGAUAAGACUAUUAAGCUCUGGGAUACAGCCACCAGCAUGCAUAUCAAGCUCUGGGAUACAGCCACCGGCAUGCAGCAGCAGACGCUCGAGGGCCAUUCAGGUUAUAUUAAUUCAGUGGCCUUCUCUCCUGAUGGGCUCACCCUGGCGUCGGGCGGGCUCACCCUGGCGUCAGGCUCGGACGACAAGACUAUCAAGCUCUGGGAUACAGCCACCGGCAUGCAGCGGCAGACACUCGAGGGCCCUUUAGGUUUAGUUUAUUCAGUAGCCUUCUCUCAUAAUAGGCUUAUCCUAGUGUCAGGCUCGGCUAUUAACAUGCAGCGGCAGACACUCAAGAGCUAUUUAGAUUAUAUUAAUUCAGUGGCCUUCUCUCCUAAUAAGCUUACCCUGGCGUCGGGCUCAGACAACAAGACUAUCAAGCUCUGGAAUACAGCUACCGGUUAUAUUAAUUCAGUAGCCUUCUCUCCUGAUGGGCUCACCCUGCAGCAGACGCUUAAGGGUUAUUCAGAUUAUAUUAAUUUAGUAGCCUUCUCUUCUAAUAGGCUUACCCUAAUAUCAGGCUCGGAUGAUAAGACUAUCAAGCUCUGGGAUACAGCUACCGAUUUAUUUCUUUUAAUUCUGAAUAACUCUGAUCCUAAUUUCUAA